AGAACAACAUCGCCAUUUUCAGGCUGGGGGCGGCGGCAGAUCUCCAGCGACGGAUUGCGGGAAUUAGGUCAGGCGGUCACGGACUGGCAGGAGCGGUCUCUUAGCAAAACAUCCCCUUCACCUGGAGAACUGUGCGUGUGCUCGGGCGGAGAUCGGACCUCGGGCCUCCAAUGAUCCGGGUCUGUGUGCUGUGGCUGUGUUUGAGUGUGGGUCCGGGCUGACCGCGGACUGAGCGCGUUUCACUGAUCCAAAUUCAGCCACUUCUACUCAACACAGCGGCUCAGAAUGAAAAGAAGAUUAAGCAGAGACAAAGAUGGUGGCAGCAGCUCCUGUGUGGAACUGAUGGAGGUUUGCAAGAGAGCUAGAUGUCCUAGUGAAAAUUCGGGAGAUCUGCCAUCAGACUGGGCGUGGCUACCACAGGAGAUACUGCUGUGCAUCUUUCAGUAUUUGCCGCUCCUAGAUCGAGCCUUCGCUGCUCAGGUGUGUCAUGGCUGGAAUCAAGCCUUUCACAUGCCAGAGCUCUGGAGAUGCUUUGAGUUUGAACUCACCCAACCUGCAAGCUCUUAUCUGAAGGCCACCCAUCCGGAUCUCAUCAAGCAGAUCAUCAAGAAGCACUCUAAUCAUUUACAGUAUGUCAGCUUUAAGGUGGACAGCAGUACAGAAUCAGCAGAGGCAGCAUGUGACAUCCUCUCUCAGCUAGUAAACUGCUCACUAAAGACCCUUGGGCUCAUCUCUACAGCACGUCCAAGCUUUAUGGAGUUACCAAAGUCUCACUUCAUCUCGGCACUGACAGUAGUGUUCGUCAACUCCAAGUCUCUUUCGUCACUUAAGAUUGAUGAUACGCCAGUUGAUGAUCCAUCGCUUAAGGUCCUUGUGGCCAACAACAGUGAUACACUCAAACUGCUGAAGAUGAGCAGUUGCCCACAUGUCUCCCCUGCUGGUAUCCUGUGUGUUGCUGAUCAGUGCCAUGGCUUGAGGGAACUGGCGCUGAAUUACCACUUACUCAGCGACGAGCUCCUUAUUGCACUCUCCUCUGAAAAGCAUGUGCAUCUGGAGCACCUUCGCAUUGACGUGGUGAGUGAAAACCCUGGUCAGCAGUUCCAUUCCAUCAAGAAGAGCAGCUGGGAUGCCAUGGUCCGCCACUCUCCGAAGUUCAACCUGGUCAUGUACUUCUUUCUCUAUGAGGAUGAAUUUGGCCCCUUUUUCAGAGAGGAAAUUCCAGUCACGCACCUUUAUUUCGGCCGUUCAGUCAGUAAGGACGUGCUCGGCCGUGUGGGCAUGAACUGUCCCCGGCUUGUUGAGCUGGUGGUCUGCGCUAAUGGCCUGCGCCCGCUGGAUGAGGAGCUCAUUCGCAUCGCUGAACGCUGCAAGCACCUGUCUGCCAUCGGCCUGGGGGAGUGCGAGGUGUCUUGUAGUGCGUUUGUAGAGUUUGUAAAGAUGUGUGGCCGGCGUCUCUCGCAGCUGUCCAUCAUGGAGGAGGUUCUCAUCCCUGACCACAAGUACGGCCUGGACGACAUCCACUGGGAGGUGUCCAAACACCUUGGCCGUGUCUGGUUCCCUGAUAUGAUGCCUACCUGGUAAAACCUUUUGUAGGCCAUUUCACCCCAGUCAAACAUCAUACACUUACAUUUUCUUUUUUCUAAUUUCUUUUUGGUUUCUGAGAAGAACUAUGGCGAUUCUCUUCAUGUGUUUUGAUCUUUUGAAUUUAUUUACACAUUUAAUACUAGAAAUACAUAAUUUUGAACAGAUAUCAGUGAAACGCAAAAAAAUUCAUGCUUUUUAAAAGCAUACAUUUCUACAUGAUCAGAAUCAAAAACUUCAGUAGAAUUGUAUUUGUGCUUGUUUUCAUGAAAGACUGCAGUAAUAGCUGUGUGUGUAUAUAAAUAUUGGAAUAUAAGCUUGUAUCCAGCUCAUAAUGGGGAAAACUACAGUGUAGUAAAGCUUUUGUAUUGUAAUAUUAGAGCACAUAAAAAGGCCAGCAUAAUUUUACCAUGUUAGGCUAAUUAAUUGUUUGUGUAUUCCCACGUGUGUCUACAUUUUUAGUAACUACUCUGCAACAUAAAUGUAGGAUUUAGAAGUUUAGAAGUGUUGCUCUUUUCCAUACUCUUUGUGGAAUUUGUAUGAAUAAUACAGAUUUUAUUUAUGUAUAUUAUUACAAAUGUAAUGGGGAGUAAGCUUUUGUCAACAAUAAUGGAGUGCUGAGGAAUAACUGAGGGCUUCAUGAUGAAUUAUAAUGACUUUGUCCAGAAGGUGGUGCUACUGAGCAACCAUCAUCUGCAGGCCAACUAAUCAUGUGAGGGUUUUUUUUUUUGUUUGUUUGUUUUUUUUGCUCUGCAGAAGGAAGUAUGAUUGGCUCAUUUAUGUGGCUAUGUGGUGGACAGAUGUCAGUUCUCCCUUUUUUUUGCUCAGAAGCACCUUUGUCAUGUUUUGUAAGAUAAACCUUUACAGCUUUUCUGGAUUUUCUUCUUUACCAACAUUCUCAGUUGUUCUUUUGAGUUUCCCCUCAAGAACAUCUAUCUGUCUCCAUCAUCCAGCUGAAUGGAAGUAUUAAGUUUAAAAAGAUGUUCACAAAAGAGUAUUUGGACAUUUUAAAUAUUAGCUCUAUCCCUAUUAUUUAAAAUCUACUACAGUUAAGUGGAGAUGCUUUUUGCACCUUACACAUAACAUAUAAUUAAUUAUUAUAACCGGAUUAUUAUAUACACAGGGGUGAUAGCGUUCCGGCGCCGCGCCGGAAAUC